AAAAUGGUGCCUACGGUUGAGGGAAUGGAUGACAAAGGCCAGAGCAACACCAUUUUGUUCAAUGCCUCUAAAAGAGAAAUUUUUUCUUUGACAAAUGGAUUAAAAACAUUAAACAGAAAGCUCAGAUCAACAUGGAAAUUAGUAGGAAAUAAAGAAGAGAUAACAGAAGAAAAGUUGUCGCAAGCCAGAGUUUUUGUUACAGUUGGUCCAAGAGAGAAGUUUUCAGCACUUGAGUUUGAUGCUAUAAAGAAAUAUUUAGAAAAUGGUGGAAGUGUUCUUAUUUUGGUUGGAGAGGGUGGUGAAUCCAAAUUUGACACGAACAUCAAUUUUCUGUUAGAAGAAUAUGGUAUUAUGGUUAAUUCAGAUGCUGUAGUGAGGACAUCAUAUUUCAAAUAUUUUCAUCCAAAAGAAGCUUUAAUAGCUAAUGGUGUAUUGAACAGGGCAAUAAGUCAAGCAGCUGGGAAAACAUUCGCAGUGGGCGGAGAAGAAGAUACUAAUAAUGCACAAGCUUUAUCAUUUUUAUAUCCAUAUGGAGCUACUAUUAAUGUUAUAAAACCAUCAUAUGCUGUUCUAUCAACUGGUAGUGUUUGUUUCCCUUUAAACAGGCCAGUUUGUGCUUUACACACUACAAAGGCUAGCAAAGGUAAACUAGCAGUUGUUGGCUCUGUACACAUGUUUCAUGACCAAUAUAUAGAUAAAGAAGAAAAUAGCAAAGUUCUUGAUGUACUGAUUAACUAUCUUACUACAGAUGAUAUCAGAUUAAAUGUUAUAGAUGCUGAAGAUCCAGAGAUAUCUGAUUAUAAUCAACUACCAGAUACAGCUAGAUUAGCUGAAGAAUUAAAAACAUGUCUACAGGAGAGUGAUGAUAUUCCACGUGAUAUAACUACAUUAUUUGAUAAUUCAUUAUUUAAAUUAGAUACCAGUAUAGUACCUAAAGCUAUAGAAGCUUAUAGUCAAUUAGGAUGUAAACAUGAGAAUUUAACACUUAUAACACCACAGUUUGAAACGCCCUUACCACCUUUACAACCUGCUACAUUCCCACCAAAUUUUCGAGAGUUACCCCCACCUCCAUUAGAACUAUUUGAUUUAGAUGAACAGUUUUCAUCGGAAAAAGUUAGAAUUGCUCAAAUCACAAAUAAAUGUACUGAUGAUGAUUUAGAAUAUUAUACCAGAGAAUGUGGUGAUAUAUUAGGUAUAAUACAGAAAUUACCUCCAGAUAAUAGAGAUGCUAAACAUGUCCUGGAAUAUGUCUUAACACAAGUUGUUGAAUUUAAAAAGUUGAAUCAG